AUGGCGUGGAUCCAUCUGGAAGAAUUGACGAUAUUUCUGACCGUUUUUGUUGUUAUUACAAUCAUAUAUCGUACAAAUUAUUUCCUCUCUGCAGAACAACGAGAGUUCUGGAACGAGAUUUCGGCGUUAUUCGACACCAAACUUAACUACAUCCCUCUUACGUUCAUGCUUGGUUUCUUUGUGACAAUCAUUGUUGGGAGAUGGAAUCAAAUUUUCAGUAAUAUGGGUUGGAUUGAAAAGUUGCUAGACGAGCUCCGCAAUGUCCUAUAUUGGCUACCGGUAACUUGGUUAUUCGACACCAAACUUGACUACAUCCCUCUUACGUUCAUGCUUGGUUUCUUUGUGACAAUCAUUGUUGGGAGAUGGAAUCAAAUUUUCAGUAAUAUGGGUUGGAUUGAAAAUACUGCUCUUCUGACUGCGACAUAUUUGCGAGGAAACGAUGAAAAAAGUCGGAUGAUGAGAAGAAAUGUGAUUCGAUAUAUGGUUUUGGCUCAGGUGCUAAUUUAUCGCGACAUCAGCAUGCAGGUACGACGUCGUCUUCCUACCCUUGACACUGUUGUGGCAUCCGGUUUCAUGACGGAAGCGGAGCGAGACAAAUACGUGGCAUACAAUAACAAAUACACAAAAGUAUUCCUACCGAUCCAGUGGUGCUAUUCGGUGGUCUAUGAAGCGCGCGUAUCGGGAAAAUUGAGUUGCGAUCUGAUGAUGAACGAGAUAAUCAAGAAUGUAUCCGAAUUCCGACAGAGUUUGGCGAAGCUUUGCAACUUUGAUUGGGUCCCCAUACCGCUUGUUUAUCCUCAGGUUGUCUUUCUCGCUGUCAGAUCGUACUUCGUUUUAUGCUUGAUAGCGCGACAAUCCGUUCUAAUUCAUGGUGAAACACCGAAAGAAAGCAGUUCUGUCUUUACCAUUAUUCCUCUUCUAAUGACAUCGCUCCAAUUCGUCUUCUACGUUGGUUGGAUGAAGGUCGCAGAAAGCCUCAUGAAUCCACUUGGUGAGGACGACGACGACUUCGAAUGCAAUUACCUUUUGGAUCGGAACCUAAGUCUUGGACUCUCCAUCGUUGAUGAGUGCUACAACGACUUGCCUCUUCAGCAGAGAGAUAUCUUCUGGAGCGCUGAAGCUAUCGAGCCUUUGUAUUCGGCAGACACGGCUGUGAAGCCAAUCAAUCCUCAGAUCGGUUCCGCUGCAAUGUACGAACCUCGAGAAGACGAGGUGGUCAUGAUGCCGCGUAUUGAUGGCGAAGAUUUGGAUAACAUAUCGUUUGAUGACCAAGAAGCACGGCUCCUGCCUCGAGGUGUCUCUGUGGUAUCCGUAAAUCGGCAUUUGGGCAGUCGAUCAAGUUUGUCAAGCCGGAAAGGACUUGUAGAUAGUAUUCGCAAACAGUUCAGCAGAGAUGGAAGGAAGACGGCGCGACCAAACCGUCUAGACGCUUCGCAAAUGUCGCUAAACAACGAUAAGAAGAAUACGGUGGAGCUGGCAGGUGAAAGCUCGCUGGACAUCCUUGGCGAUUUGGCAGAUGAAGCCGCCCGUAAUUCAAUGCCACUCACCCCAAAUGGAGAGCUCUCGCCUAUAUCGCCUCAGCCACGGUCGCCUGUCAAUGAGGCCUUGACAAGUGUACCGGAAGAAGACGAGGAUAGUCAGAGAACUCGCAACAGUGUGGACCUGCAACGAUGGAAAGAAGAACAAUCAGGAAAACGUGAAGAGAAAUAA